UCAGAGCCAAUAGGUGAAUGUAAAUGUGAUGAGAGGCGGGUGAUGAAUUAAAGCCGCAUUCUUGCACAUCUGCACAUGUUGUGACGGGAAAUUUUUAACUUUCUGCUGUUGUAUUAUGGGAAGUCCACAGCAGUGGCUCGCGCGACUGAAGGAUGAACUAAGCGACAGUCCACUCGUGUCCAACGUGGCCUUCGGCUUCAUCCUGAUGGGUCUGGAGAAGUUAGUGGAGCUGGAGUUCGAGUGUCCGUGUAAUCCGGUGUGGAACGGACUCUUCUCCUCCGCGUUCUUCGUCAUUCCCGCGGUCAUGGCUCUCGCGCUCAUGAUCAUCAUCCAGGGUUGCAGGUGCGAGUUCUUGUGCACGAGCUUUCUUUCUCUGUCCAGUCUCGUGCCCGCGGUGGUCUGGCUGAUCUUGCUCUUUCUGGACGGUCAGUACUUUGCGUGCGCCAUGACAGACUGGCACGGCAGGUACGUGAUCGUGGAUAAAGCCGCUCCGCAGAAAUGGUGCGAACCCACGCAAGAGGAGCGCGUGCCCCCUCAGGAACUCAUGCUGCGCUCACAGCGGCUGUUUGUCGAGUCUCAGGUGAUUGGCAUAGUGCUUCUUAUUUUCAUCUGUUUUGGACUGGUGGUGUACGUCAUCCGAGAGAGCUGUCAGCAUGAGCUGGAAACUCAAGAUGUCAAUAUGGCAGAGAUGAGUCUGUACAGCACCAGCUGAUACCAUCUAACAUCAUCUACUGAUCACAUCUGCUGUCAGAUACAACAACAACAUAUCAGUUCUGGCCCUCAUUAUAACACAAAUGCACAUACAAUAGAAGUUUAAGGACGUUAUAAAUACAUACUGAUGUAAACCUAAUAUCAUGUUAUCAUGAAACUAGAGCUGAUCAAUACUGUAUUGAUUGCCAAGCUUGUCAAUGUAAAGCUGAAUCCAAAUGUUCAACACCACUAACGGCCACACAAAGCCUGUGACGCCAGCUGGUUUCACAUGAUGGCCGUUUCUCAAUUGGACGGCUGCAACCUUUGGAUUUAGAAACAGCCGAUAUGUGCAAGAAAAGCAGAGAUUGACUGUAACAGAGUAAAAUUAAUUAUAAUGAUGAUAUAUAACAUGAGUCUUAACUUAAACUGAUGCCUUAAGACACUUUAGUGCUUAAAUACCUUUUUUUUGUACAGAACAAUAAACAUUUUACCAA